CGCGCCUUUAUUUUGAUAGCGGCACAUGGCAACGGUGACCUCACUCCGCUGGGUGCGCGUUCACAGGUGGCACCUGGAGUCAGUCGGCGUCCUGUCGGAUCACCAGCAGCGGAACAGUGGACGAAGGGUGUGGACUCUGUGUGCUGACCUGAUCACUCAAUGGCACUGACGGUAAACCUGAUUGGUCCUUCUCCAUGGGGCUUCAGAAUAUUUGGCGGCAGGGACUUCAAGAAGGCCAUAACAGUAUCAAAGGUCAAUGGGGGCAGCAAGGCAGAACAGGCAGCCCUGCAGCCUGGCGACAUCAUCUUGGAGAUCAAUGGGGAAAACACUUCCGACAUGCUGAAUGUGGAGGCCCAGAACAAGAUCAAGAACUCAAAGACCCAGCUGCAGCUGGUGGUGGAGAGACCCGAACCACCCAGCCCUGGACAAACCAAUGGCAUCAACACUGCAGAACAGCUAGUUGGACGCUUUCAGGAAGCAGUGUUGGUGAGUAGAGAUGAGAACCAAAACUAUAGAGAGUAUACCAUCUCCAGUCCUACUUCCCUGUCCCCUGGACCCUACUCUCCAGAACCCCCUGCCAGCCCUGACGGCAAAAGGCUGCCGCCAGCCAACAACAAGAGUGUCCAGCUGCGCUCAUGGUCCCCAGAAGAGAGGAGUCGCAGACUAUCAAGACCACUUUCACAGGAGUUCUGCUCUCAAGACCUCAGGAGUAACUCGGUGUCUAGUAGAACUCCCACCCCACCAGGACGCUACUCCCCCCAUAGCCCCAUCGACCGGGAAAUACCAGUAUCUCCCCGACGCAGCAGUUCCAGCUCUGACUUUGCCAUGCAGAGGUUCGACAGGGACUCUGAGGUAUACAAGAUGAUCCAGGAGAAUAAGGAGUCUCGCACGCCUCCUCGACAGUCCAACACCUUCCGCAUGCUCCAAGAGGUCCUGGAGGCUGAUGAGAAAGAGGCAGCUGUGCGAUUCCCAGGGAAGCUUUCGCCCAACACCCCGAAGCCCAGCGCAUCAGUGGGAGGCGUCAGCAAACACCACACCUGUGAGAAGUGUGGCAUCAGCAUUGUAACACAGGCUGUGCGCAUCAUGGAUGACCGCUUCCGCCAUCCAGAAUGCUACACUUGCACAGAUUGUGGCCUCAACCUGAAGAUGAGGGGCCACUUUUGGGCGGGUGAGGAGAUGUUCUGCGAGAAACACGCCCGGGAGAGGUACCAAGGCCCAAGUACUUCCCCCCGAGCCACCGUUUCCCCUCGCCACUAAAGGCGCCCAACCACCUAGCCGCCUGACCCAAGAAAUGGAGCGCUACUUGCCUGCCUGUCACCCCUCGCCGCAUCUGACUCUGUCAUAGACCUUGGGGCUGGGGCACAGAGGUGGGCAGGGCUCAUCCGUUUGGACACACCAUUUCUGAUUGCCUUUAACCAUACUCUGCAUUGUUAUCACUCACUUUCUUGCCUUUCUUGUACUUGUAUGGGAAUUGGAGCUUUGUUUUCAUCACCACGUCCUAGCCCCCCCCCCCCACUUACGGACCCUCGCUCUAAUGAUGUGCACCUGCAUAUUUAAACCACAUCACACUUACCUUAAGCAACAUUAACAUAGCGCCAGCUUAUUAGAAGAACACAGCAGGACUGGUUUCCUGAUGCUGUGAGGAUCUGAAUAAACGACAAUUAUUUUGUCUUUUGAAUCUCCUGCUGACCCAUUUUUGAACAAAAAAGGGACCAAGAAAAAAAAAAUCAUAUGAACUGCAUGCCAUUCAGACAAUGUACUGUACACAUACAAAUGUUUGUGUGUUGGUGUGUGUGCGUGUGCGUAUGGGGUGUGUGUGUGUGUGUGUGUGUGUGUGUGUGUGCAUGCAUGCAUUUGUGCAUGGACGUGAUCACAUGCACCAGAGCACUGGUCUCUGCAUGCCUUCCGUGUGUGUGUGUGUGUGUGUGUGUGCGUGUGUGUGUGUGUGUGUGUGUGUGCGCGGAGAACACAUCAAGUCAUUCCUUUGAAGUGCCUGCAUUGCUGCAUUGUCCCUAUAUCACAAAGGAGUUGUGGAUUUUCCUUCCAAGUGUCAGCCAAAUCCCCUUUCUGGUUCCCCCAUUAUUUUCCUUUUGUAAGCAGAUCUUAUUAGUUAAAAUAAUGAACAUUACUUAUUUGCAAAAUUAUUUUUGUUAAGUUUUUUUUUUUUUGCUUAUGAGGGAACAUAGAUUAAUGCAAUAUACAUAUAUAUUUUUGAUGUUUCUUUGAUAGAACUGUAUACUAUAUUUUAGAGCGUUCAGACUCAUAAUGUAUGCACAGGACUUCUAGUGUGGAACGAAUUGCCGAUGACCCUCUUGCCUGUCCUGUUGAGGCGGCGCCAAGAGUAAAAUACACUAUAACGUUCUCAUUUCAUAUCGCACUUAAUAAAAUCACAACGUGAAGCUUGUUCAUUGGAGGUGCCUGUAUUUGUCAUACAAGAUUGAUUUUGGGACGGUGGGUCAUCUUGCAGCGACGUUUCACUCGCUCACACACUGUCGUACCGUUGUGUAAAACUGUAUUUGUUAGAAAUGUACGUGCGUGUUUUGCACAAGACGGUAGACCAGACGGCAAGUGGGGAAAAAUAUUUGCACUUGAUCUGUACUUGCUUUUUUAUUUGUCCCCUUUGAUCUACUACCAUAAAGAUAAGGAUUGCAAAAAUACAGGCAA